CUGAGGCUUUACGAGUAACGGGCAUUACGGGACAAUAUUCACGAUCCAGAGCAGCUUCAUUCCUCUUACUAUACCAAGCUCGACAACAUUCUCUAUUCUAGAGGCUCAUAUCACAAUGAAUACAUUUUUCCUCCCAUCGAGGUUUGUAGGAGUCAGUUCACACAUCGCCCGAGACCUUCAGAAACCUCUGCGGACGUCGAGAUGCGCAGUUCGAAAUAUUUCACACACCACCACCAAGAGAGUACAAUAUGCCUCACCUUGGGAAGCUGCUAGGGCUGAGGCUCGACAGAAGAAUCGAACGACCAUGUACUACGGCCUAAGUGCAGGCAUAACACUACUCGCCCUCUCGUAUGCUUCGGUCCCUCUGUAUAAAAUGAUCUGCCAACAGACGGGUUGGUCCGGCCAACCGGUCAAAGCCCACGACGGGGCAGGAGACCCAGCCGUCCGACUCAAGCCGGUCGAAGACCACCGCCGCCUCCGCAUCACCUUCAACAGCUCCGUGUCCGAUACGCUUCCUUGGAAGUUCACGCCUCAACAGCGAGAGGUUCGGGUGCUGCCCGGCGAGACCGCCCUGGCCUUUUACACGGCCACGAACAAGAGCGAAGCAGAUAUUAUAGGCGUGGCGACAUAUUCAGUCACACCGGCGCAGGUGGCGCCGUAUUUCAGCAAGAUCCAAUGUUUUUGUUUCGAAGAACAGAGGCUGAACGCGGGAGAAACGGUGGACAUGCCGGUGUUUUUCUUCAUCGACCCGGAAUUCGCAAAGGACCCAAACAUGAGAGGCAUCGAUACCAUCACGUUGAACUAUACCUUUUUCAAAGCUCGAUAUGAUAAGAAUGGUAUCUUGACCACGAUCCCCAUGGGGAUGGCAGUUGCUUGAAUUGUAUCAAGAGACGGCAAAGAAGAGCAAAAAAGACACAACAUGUGCAAAGGUUUCCCCCGCGUCGAGACAUGGUUUGCGAAUGGCCAUACAACAUCAAUAUCAGAUCUCAUGUUGGAGGUCUCGUUAUGGUGCUCUUUUAGGGAGUCCUGACGACGCUCAGACCACUCUUGGAGGAAUCGUCUCAGCAAUCCCAACUCUGUCAGGUGGGAAACCUCUAUCGUCUAAACAAGACGUGUACAACAGACAUGGCGCGUGAAGUGGAUGUCUGAUGAUUCAAUGAUCGAAUGGAUUCACUAUCAGGUGUGUUGCGGUUCCAGGCCGUCAGCAUGCCCGUCACACCGAACGGACAGGCACAUUAUACGAAGCUCUUUGGCUGCUGUUCAACGCUAGAAAGUCUUCUACGCCCCCCACUGCCGAGUUCGAGACGCGGGACGAGACAGGCGAGAUGAACGGGGAUGAUUGUGGUAAGUUGACUGCGAAAGGACAGGUUCGAUGUAUGUAUACAAGUACCUGUCAGCUCGGUCGCGCCAACACCAAACCCGACAAUUAUCAAGCAUGAAAAUCUGUAUCAUGCAAAUCACAUCAACCGCGACGAACAUUGACGGUUUGAUACCGAAUAACCUCUAGUUUUGUCUCUUAGCAAGCGAUUUCGCCCAAAGAAUGAAUGCUUUUGGAGGGCAAUGGAUGGGAUAUUUCAUUACUCGAGUACACUAUAGGUACCUCUAUGUACCUCUAGGUAUUUAUUUCUAGGUAUCUCUCCCGUAGAAUGGAGCAACUCUCCUCUUUUG